AUGAAUCAGUCCUACGGACCCGAAAAAAACAGCACGGGAAAUCACACCAGCUUCCACGUGGCUCGUGAUGAACUCUCCGAACAAUUUGUCAUUUUACGAUUGGUUGCAACGUAUGUAAUAUUUAUUGCUGGACUCAUCCUGAAUAUAUCUAUUUUGUCUUCAUUGUUUAUGUACCGAAACAAAAACAAUAUUUCUGAGUUUCUCUUCUUCUUGUUGACUCUGAACGACACUGUCUAUUGUAUCUGGCAUAUGGUGUUUUAUCCCUUUAAUGUCUUGAAAAUCGGAUGGAUUGUUGGCCAGCUCAUGUGCAGAGUGAAUAAGUUGGUCCGUUAUACUUUGUUUUUCUUGCCUCUCAUCUUGAUGACGAUAAUGAGCUACGAACGAUUUCGUAGCAUCGUAUGCCAAAGUCCAGUGACUUUCCGUCGUGUUAAAAUUUGGGUCGCUAGUAGCGUCGUUGUUUUGAUUUCCGUAUACUUGCCAGCGAUUUUUCUCUGGGAUCCCGAGAACUUACAUCGCAGUGGACUGUGCAUAACAAGUGUCGAAAUACGUGAUCCACGACUAGAAGCUGCUUAUGUUCUGUUUUGUAUUCUACUCGUAUUAUGUUUUCCGAGCGGAACAAUAAUCUACAACUGUAAGAUUCUGCGACAUAACCAACGACGGAGACGUCAAGUCAAUGCCGUUGCACCGCAACGCGACUUCUCGGUCCUGGAUCGCCAUCACUUAGAAAUGACGUUUCGUAACCGUGCAAAAUCGAGCAUACGGACAGCCAAAGCGUUGGUUAUUAUCAACUGCAUCGUCAUAGCUGGUUAUGCUUUUCACUUUUGCACAAGAUUGACAAUAGUUGUCAAUGACGGUAUUGCUCGUUACAAUGCCAUUGAUUUAGUGAGUUAUCUGGUAUUUCAUAUCAGCUACAUCUACGACCCUGUUGUUCACUUGAUAAUUAACGAUACUUUCCGCAAAAGACUGGGAGAAUUAAUAUGUCUUAAUCGCCGAAAAAAUCCUAACAUAAUGUAUAUUGGGGGAGACACAGUGAUUAACGAAAAUCUUAACUCUGCUCCAUAA